AUGGACAGGAUUCCUCCUCCAUCUACAAUGUAUUCGGGCUCUGCAGCUCCUAGCAGUAUGGUUUCUCCGGCCGGUCAGCCGGGACCGGAACCUCUUGCGACAGUACACGAUGGUCGUAUCUGGUCGUUGCAAGUGGCGCAACAGCCUAUUCGCGCUCGGAUGUGCGGUUUUGGCGACAAGGAUCGAAGACCUAUUACACCUCCGCCGUGCAUACGCCUUGUCGUAAAAGAUGCGCAGACUCAGAAGGAAGUCGACAUCAAUUCGCUGGACAGCUCGUUCUACGUCAUCAUGGCAGAUUUAUGGAACGCGGAUGGUACACAUGAAGUAAACCUCGUGAAGCAUUCGGCUACAUCUCCUUCCAUAUCCACAGCAAUGUCUUCAUCAUAUCCGCCACCGCCCCAUCCUACGUCCCCGGAUUAUCCAGCAACCUACCAAACAACAAAUCCUUACGGGCAACCUGUCAGUCAGUCUGUAUACCCAGGAGUCAGCAACUAUUAUGGCGGGAACACACAAGUCCAAUAUCAGAACCCUUAUCCCAAUCCGCAAGCCCAGUACUACCAGCAGCCAAUGUAUGGAGGUGGCAUGGCGCAACCCCCAAUGCCUGCCGCUCAGCCCGUUGCCCAAGGACCUGGAGGCAUGUUCACCCGUAACCUUAUUGGAUGUCUGAGUGCCAGCGCAUCCCGCCUGAACGAUACGGAGGACAAGAUUGGGGUGUGGUUCAUCUUACAAGAUCUCAGUGUGCGAACAGAAGGAAUCUUCCGUUUGAAAUUCAGUUUCGUCAACGUGGGCAAAGCCCUCAACCCUGACGACCCUCUCCACGAGUCCGAAAUCGCGGAGGUGAUAAAUAAAGGAACUGUGCCGAUUCUGGCUAGUACCUUCUCAGAGCCCUUCCAGGUGUUCUCUGCGAAGAAGUUCCCUGGUGUAAUCGAAAGCACACCACUCAGCAAAGUUUUCGCGAUGCAGGGAGUCAAGAUCCCCAUUCGUAAGGAUGGCGUGAAAGGCCAAGGUUCCCGUGGGCGCCAUAGCGACGAGGACGACGGCCUGGAUAACGAAUAUUAG